AUGUGUUUUCAACAAAGAAGCUCCCUCACCUCUCUCCAAUACAAAUGCAGACACCAAAACGAGUCAAACAACAACUCAAGCAGAACCAAACAAGAGCAUUGUUCGUCCACAACAACUGCCGUCGACAAUACACCAACCUUAAUCUCAUCAUCUGCUGCUGCUACCAACACUGCCAUCUCAGCGUUGCUUGAGUUCUCACUCAUGUGUUUCUCUGACAAGAAAGAUAACAUGCGGCUUAUUCACAAGGAAGCUCCUCCUACUACUCUGCUUGCAAAUUCAAGGAACUCAAACGGAAGAGAAGACAGCAACAACAACAACACAGAGAGAUCUUCUAGUGAAGACCAAGAGAAGUUAUUAGAAGUUUGGGUUAAUGGACAUCUGAUACCGGAAGAUCUAGUUAGCAGUGCUGAGAAAUUAGCUGGACCAAUCCAAGCUGGAAAGUAUUGGUAUGACUACAGAGCUGGAUUCUGGGGGGUAAUGGACGAACCGUGUCUCGGUAUAAUACCUCCAUUUAUUGAAGAGUUUAGCCAUCCAAUGCCGGAUAGAUGCGAUGCAGGGGAAGAACUUAAGAGCCUUGGCAAAUUAGCCCCAACGAUUGAGAAGGUGAAGCAUGGAUUUGGUAUGAGGGUUCCAAGAUCAUUAGCAUCAUGA